AUGGCAGAGGCCGCCAUGCGUGCACAGGUGAGCGCUCGGCGUCAUGCUGAAGAAGUGGAAGAUCUUGCGCGUGAUUUCAAAUCGUGGGAGAAACGGAUGAAAGAAAGGGACGCAAUGUUGAGAUCGAAUCAAAGUCCCCGAGUUAGUUCUAAAACUGCACCAGCAGUCGCUGAAGUUGUGAAGGAGAAGAAUCCCGUGGAUGCGAAGAAGAUCGCCGAUGUCCAGCUGAAACACAAUGCGAAUAACUGGAAGGAGAAAGGAAACAUGCUGUUCAAAGCACGAAAAUUCCAAGAAGCUGUCGAGGCCUAUUCAAAGGGGAUUGAACUGGACCAGCACAAUGCCCUGUUGCCCGCUAAUCGUGCCAUGGCGUACUUGAAACUUGAGAAGUUUGCUGAAGCAGAGAAAGACUGCGAUCUUGCGUUACGGUUGGAUCCUGAAUAUGUCAAGGCCUACUUGAGACGCGGUUCCGCCCGAGCAGCUAGAAACUUGAUCAAGUUGGCUAUUCAGGAUUUUUCGAAAGCUCUAGAGCUGGAACCAUCUAACAAGCAAGCAACUGAAGAACUGGCAAAGUUGAAAAAAACCUGUGACGCAGAUGCCCAGGAAAGCACCACGAUUUCCGAGUCUCUUGCAGAGCGCCUGGAUGAUGUCGAUGUGGUGAAGCCGGUGAACAAGUCCAUUUCGGCACGCUCCAAGGUUCCUAUGAAACGAAUCCCUGUAACGGACAGCGUUUCGUCUGAUUCUCGGGAGUCCACUCGUCAGGAGGAUAAAAAAGAGAAACCUGCUGCUCGCGAAGUCCAUCGGGUGAUCAGAGAUGAAGUGAAGGAGCAGAAGCUUCUCGGACCUCUUCAACUCACCAGGACGGAGGCAUGUCCUAUUGGACCUCCGUGUAAUGUUCAGCAGUUCAGUCGAGACUGGGCUAUUUUGGCUACCAAUUCCAAACUGCGAUUUGAGUAUAUGAAGAAAAUCGACCCUGCCAAUUUUCCAACUCUGUUCGGAACUUUUCUCUCUGAAGAUAUUCUUUCGGGCAUCAUUUCUGUUCUCACCGAGUUCGCGUUUGGAGAAGAAACAUGCUUCCAUGUUUUGCAAGGACUCAGUCGCGUGCCGAGAAUUGUCCUGAUAACUCAGUUUUUGUCGGAAGAUUCGAUGCGAGGACUUGAAGAUUUAUUGUUGGUUGACAAUAAUCCGUCUAUUGAUGCGAAUAGUCUGGAGGCUGUGCGGAAAGCGUUCAAGAUCUCCAACUAAUGGAGGUGGCAUGAUUGUUUCUGUUGCGAUUUCUGUAUGGUGUACGCGUAUCCGCAGAACUAAGAUGUUUGUACCGGUAUAUCUGAGUUUGAAUAAAAGAAGUUUCCGCGA